GGUUCCGCUGUUGAAGGGGUGCUGGGGGUUGCCAUUUGUGACACAGGUGCAGUGUGUCAGGUCCCUUGGUGAUGCAGGACUCUGUAAUGCCCAGAGGCUCCUGUGACACGGCAGAGCCCUGCCCUUCCAGAGGGGUACAUGAGGGGCACUGAGCCCUGGGGUGCCCAGACCCAGGAGAGCAGCUCUCUCAGGACAAAGCAGCUCCCAGGAUCCCUGUGUGACAGGGCAUGUGUGCGAUGGAGGAGGACACGGCCAACCCCAUCCCCCAGAGAAGUUGAAGGCUACAAAGAACCAUCUGACUGGGUGGAAUUUAUUGGCCAAGAGCAUUUCGAAGAGGAAGACUCUCUUGGCCAAGAGCUCUCUGAAGGGAAUGGUAACAAACUGUCCAGUCCAGCUAUGAAGACAACAGUGACAAGGAGCUGGCUCAAGGCAGUUGGGAACAUGUGUGGGUCCAGAGUGUUGGGAUCAAGCGCCUACUGCAGGAAGAGGAUGACCUGGGAUGAACUGAGUGUCCUCCAGCUGCCUGAACAAGAAGACAGGGAGCAAAGACUGGGAUGCUCUGCAGAGGGUGGGCUCCCAGUUCCUGUCCCUCGGGAUGGGCGCCAGGCAUUUGAGCCGUGCCCCCAGGUGCCAUUCUGUGCCAGGCCUCCCCACAAGCCAGUCCCUGCCCUGCACAGCUGCUCCAGCCCCUCAGCUCCACAGCUGGGAGCCAAGGGUCCCUGCAAGAAGAGUCCAUCCCACGCCAGGUGGGCGCUGUGGGUGCUGUGCAGCCUCUUCUGCUGCCCUUGGCCUUGCCUGGCGCCACUGCCCGAGGAUUAGUGCACAGAGCCUGCCCAGCGUCCUGAGGGAGCCACAGGGGCUGCCAGGCCUGGAAUCAAAAGAAGGAAUAGUAAGGAGAAUAGGAAUAACAAAAUAAGAAGGAUAAGAAUAAAUAGUCA